AUCACAGCAAUCGCCAACAGCGUUCUCCAUUCGUUUACAAAACGCCGAAACGUUCGCACGUCGAGGAGCUUUUUCUUACUAAGCGUACGCGAAACGAUUUCUUUUAAUGGUACCAUAACGUCAUUUUGAUAAAAUAAAGGCAAAAAUUUAGGCACAAAAGCAUUUUGACGAACUAUUUGUUUGUUCAACUACGCGAAAUUAAUUCAAUUUGCUGUGUUUUAUGCGGAGCCACAUAGCAAAAUAAAAAUACAAAUAAAUUAAAAGGCGGAUGCUCGUAAAUCUAAAGCGCUUAAUAAACUCAUAAGAAUUCGGCUACUGUUCGCUGCAAAAACUCGUCGGAAUGUUGGAAAUCGAAAUUAAAUGGUCUGUCUUUGUAUUGCUACAAUUCGUGUUUGUUGUGUUGACUGGCGCACAAGGCGGCCAAAGUGUUGCUCCGAACAAGCUUGACGUCACCAUUUUGUAUGAAUCUCUUUGUCCGGACAGCAUUCGAUUCAUGGGCAGGCAGCUGGCGCCAGCCUAUGGUAAUCUCAAAGAAAAUUUAAAUAUAAAUCUGGUGCCUUUUGGGAAAUCGCGUUCCGUCAACUUAGGCAGCGAGUUCUAUUGCCAGCAUGGACCAGCAGAAUGUGCCGGAAAUCGCUUGCAAUCUUGCGUUUUGAAUCAGGAAAGCACGCAAAAUCAACGAGUGCGCUUCGCCAUCUGCCAAAUGUUGGCGAAGGACAAACAGAAUGUGGAAGAUUGCACCGAUUUGGUGGGCCUCAGCAGCGACGUUGACGAUUGUGUUAACACGAACGUUGGCACACAGUUGCAAUUGUUGGCAGAGCAGGUGACCAACCAGUAUACGCCCUCAUUUGUGCCGACCAUCAUUUAUGAUGGUGUUUUCAAUCAACAACUGCAGGAUGCCUCGUUGUACGACUUCCGUGGUACCGUUUGUGCGCUGCUGCAAAAGCGUGGCAUCGUCAACGAGUCGUGCAGCGCAUAAGACUGACGUGGAGCAGCGGCAAGGAGAGUAGGCAGUGUGGCUGGCGUAAUGUAGUUUCGAAAAUGUGUUCACAAGCGUAUUUAACGGUGUAUUACUAUCAAUUAAUUAAUAUGGUUUGUUCUUAAAUAAAAUAGUUAAAAAAACUAAAA